AAAAAUCUAGACUGACAGUCAACAACCACCGUCCAACACACCCAAUCCAACCGCCCAUCAAUCGCCAGCACCGCCGCUGUCGCCUUGGGAAAAGAUGCCGAAAAGAAAGGUUGCCGCGCUCGAAAAGGUCGAGGCUGACCUGGUCAGUUUGCAGUACAAGAUCCGCAGAGAUCCCAGAUCUUAUGCGCAGGAAUUCUACGACCAAUGGCUCGCCUACGACGCCCAGCGCCAGAUUUUCGUCUCCUCUCCCGCCACGGCUUCUAGUGAGGACGUCAAGAAGUUCCACGACUUGGUCGAUCUUGUCGCGCACGUCGCGAACCUCUACCCCGAGAUUACCGCCCCAUUUCCGGAUCAUCUGAAGGAGUUGCUCAACCAGCACCAUGCCGUUCUCGACAAGGAGCUCAGGGAGAAGAUUGUGGGCAGCUUGGUGCUGCUGAAGAGGAAGGAUGUGAUCGACUCGACGAGCCUGCUGACGACGCUAUUUCCUAUUUUGAUCAAUACACCAAGCAAGACGCUCCGAUCUCUACUGUACACCAAGAUUAUCAGCGAUUUGAGGGAGGCAAACAACAAGACCACGAAUCACAAGUUGAACCGGACGAUUCAGACGGUGCUACACAAUUUGGUCACGUCUGACAGGACUUCGACCAAGGGAAUGUGGGCUUGCCGUAUCACGAGGGAAUUGUGGAGAAGACAGGUCUGGAACGAUGCGCGACCGGUCGAUGUCAUGAAGGAGGCCUGCUUGAGCGACAAUGAGAAGGUUGUGGUGGGUGGUGUGAGAUUCUUUCUGGGCGGUGACAAGGAGAGAGAGGAGGCGUUGGAAGAUGAUGCCAGUGAUGAUGAUCUUGAUCUUAAGAAGGUCAAGCAUCAGGGGACGAUCAACAAGAAGACCAAGAAGAGGUCGAAGCAGUAUGAGAAGGCGAUCGAAAAGAUCAAGAAGCAAGAAAAGAAGAAGCAUGCGCCACAUCCCCUCAACUUCUCGGCGCUCCAUCUUAUCCACGACCCUCAGGGCUUCGCCGAGAAGCUCUUCCAGAAGCACCUCCAGAACACCAAGAACAAGUUCUCUCUCGAGAACAAGCUUCUUGUCCUCCAGCUUGUGACCCGUUUGGUCGGUCUGCACAAGCUGACCAUCAUCUCGCUCUACUCCUGGUUCGUCAAGUACCUGUCACCCAAACAGGCCAACGUCACCUCUUUCCUGGCUUCCCUGGCCCAGGCAACACACAACCUCGUCCCACCCGAUGUCAUUGAGCCAUUGAUUGUGAAGAUCGCCAACGAGUUUGUCUCGGAAGCUUCAGCAGUUGAGGUGUGCGCGGCAGGUAUCAAUUCCAUCAGGGAGGUGGCCAUGCGCCAGCCGCUGUGCAUGAACGAGACCCUCCUCCAGGAUCUGGUCAUGUACCAAAAGAGCAAGGAUAAGGGUGUUGUUAUGGCUGCCAAGGGUCUGCAGUCACUCUACAGAGAGGUCUACCCCGAGUUGCUGCAAAAGAAGUUCCGCGGCAAGCAAGCCACCAUGGGCUUGAGAUCAGGCGAGAUCAAGCUGCGCAGGUUCGGCGAGGAAGAAGAGGGCGGUAUCGAGGGUCUGGAGUUGUUGGCUCGGUACAAGGAGGAGCAAAAGAAGAAGAAGGCCGCCGAAGAGGCAGAGGAGGAUGAGAACGGCGGGAAGAAGGCGAAGAAGGACGACGAUGAGGAGGAUGACGGGUUCAACUCUGACGAGUGGGAGAUUGGUUCUACGGACAGCGAAUCCUCUGGCGGGUGGAUCGACGUCAGCAGUGACGAGGAAGAUGACGGGCCUGCCAAGAAGAAGGCGAGGAAGAGCAAGGGCGGUGAUGAUGACGAUGACGAUGAGGCGCCCGACCUUGUGGAAAAAGAAGACCCGGCGGCUGAGGCGGAAAGGAUAACGAAGCUUGCCACGACGACCAUUUUGACGCCGGCUGAUUUGGCCAAGCUGCAGGAACUUCGUCGGGAGGCCAAGCUUGACAAGAUGCUGGGCACGACGCAGUCCAAGCGCAAGAAGGAGCUUAUCGAGAAGCACAUUGAGGACGGGGUUACAGCUGAGGAUAUCGAGCUUCCGGCUAUGUUGGGCAAGAAGUCGACCAAGGAGGAGAGGGUGGCUCUGGCGAGAGAUGGCAAGCCAGGCAGGGAGGAACACAAGUCUACUCAGGCCAUCAGGAAGAGCAAGAAGGAGGCCGAGGGCAAGAGCACGACCAACAAGGAGAAGGCGAGGAAGAAGAAUUUCUUGAUGACGAUUGGCAAGGCAAGGGCCAAGAACAAGAGGAGUUUGGUCGAGACGAAGAAGGCGUUGACGAAUCACAUUGCCAAGAGCAAGCAGGGCGGGAGAAGAAGGAACGGUGUUUAAUCAUUUUGGAUGUGUCUACCUAGCUGUGUUUACGAAGGGUGUGUGUGGGUUGGAAAAUAAACAUCAAGCAUGUUAUUGCACCUUUUAUAUCACAAAAUUCUUCUCGCAUCAUGA